ACCCUUACGUCUCAGGUUGGCUGUGUCUAGGUUUGUGCGACCGCGGUUUCUCGCCGGAGGUGGGAAAAGGAGGAGGAAGUGUUGCGCUAUUCUGGGGUCUUUAAGUUUAAGGCUGGGCACUAAUUGUCGCUCAAAAGCUCCGAGGUGUUCGGGUGGAUAUAAUUCCCCUCUUUGCGAGAAGAGUCUAGAACGCACGAGGAGGUGUGUUUUUGGUAUAACAUGGAGGCUCCUCCAGUCACCAUGAUGCCUGUUACUGGGGGCACCAUUAACAUGAUGGAGUACCUGCUGCAGGGAAGUGUUUUAGACCAUAGCUUGGAAAGCCUCAUCCACCGCCUUCGUGGUUUGUGUGACAACAUGGAACCUGAGACUUUCCUUGACCACGAGAUGGUAUUCCUCCUUAAGGGCCAGCAGGCCAGUCCAUUUGUUCUGAGGGCCCGGCGCUCUAUGGAUAGGGCAGGGGCCCCCUGGCAUCUGCGCUACCUGGGACAGCCAGAAAUGGGAGAUAAGAACCGCCAUGCCCUGGUGCGUAACUGUGUGGACAUCGCGACAUCUGAGAACCUCACUGACUUCCUGAUGGAAAUGGGCUUCCGCAUGGACCAUGAGUUUGUUGCCAAGGGACACCUGUUCCGUAAGGGUAUCAUGAAGAUCAUGGUGUACAAGAUCUUCCGCAUCCUGGUGCCAGGGAACACGGACAGCACGGAGGCCUUGUCACUCUCCUAUCUUGUGGAACUAAGUGUCGUUGCACCAGCUGGGCAGGACAUGGUCUCUGAUGACAUGAGGAACUUUGCAGAGCAGCUGAAACCUCUGGUUCACCUAGAGAAAAUAGACCCCAAAAGGCUCAUGUGACUAAGGCCUGUCCACCAUGGGGGCUUGUCCUCACCUGUGACAAAAAAGAAGACAUUAUAAUUGCCCCAUUUCACCAUGCCAGCCAGGCAUUCUUCCCUCAGGAAGGAAGACAGUGAGAACUUAGUUGGGUCUUUGCACUGUUUUCCUCAUAUGGCAAGUUCACUUUCAUGACAGCCUUUCUAAAUUCAAGGCUAAGGAUAACAUGGAGAAUCUGUAUAAUCCUUCUGCAUAAAGAGGGGAGACUGGAAUAAUGUAGCUUUGGAGGAGGAGAAAUAUCUUGUUUUGCCAUAUGUGUAUAAGGUUUGUUAAUAGAGACUGUGAGCUUGAAUUGUGUGGUAAUAAAGGCUAUAAAGAGAAA